AUGUGGGCGGCGGGCCUCGCGCUGUGCGGGCUGAUGCUGCUCGGGUGGCUGUACGACGGAUACUCCGUCGAGAUCUACCGGCAGGUGCGGCGGGGGUUGGAAAACGCGGCGGGCGGGGUUCAGGCGGUGGUCCGAAAGACCUCGGCCUUUGUUCUGACGCACCCCUAUUUCGCCAUCCGCGAGGUCAAGGUGCUGGGGGCCGAGAAGGUCAAGGGGGCGGACAUCGUGGUGAUGUCGGGGCUGGGGCCGCACACCCGAAUCUGGAACAUCGAUCCCGCCGAGGUCGAGGAACGGGUGCGGCGGCAUCCGUGGGUCAAGGCGGUUCUGAUACGCCGGGAACUGCCGGCGCGCCUGGUGAUCACCGUCGAGGAAUGGCGCCCCGGUGCCAUCGUCGCCCUGGACAAGCUGUACUACGUGGCCGACAACGGCGUGAUCUUCAAGGCUCUCGACGAAGAGGACUCGGUCGACUUUCCGUUCAUCACCGGACUGCGGGCCGCGGAGCUUCCUCCGCGGGAACCCGGGACGCGGAAAAAGCUGUCCCAGGCAGUGGCCUUCGGACAGACGGUGGAGCGGGCCGCGCUGGGCCUGUCCGAGAUCCGUUUUCAGCCCGGCGGCGGCAUCGUGCUCUAUCCGGUCUCCUAUUCGGUGCCGUUCCAUGUCGGUUGGGGCGACUGGGACGAGAAGCUGAACCGGCUGCAGUGGUUCCUGCGGGAGUUCCAGGGACAGGGAGCCCGAUUCAAGGCCGUCGACUUGAGCUUCCGGGGGCAGGUGGUAGCGCGCCCCCGGAAAAGGGUGUGA